UUGUGCAGCUCAUACUGCUUCCGGUUCAACCCCCUGCUGGUUCAUUUCUCACAGUUUACAGUUUGUCUUCAUGGAUGCAACAGCAUCUUCAUUUUCCUCUGUUUGGGACCAAAAGAGGAAGAAACUAUUUGUCCUUUUCCCGGUAACUAUGAACUGCUGACUAGUCUGGUUUGGCUGAAGCAGUGGUCAGAUUCGACCAGCAGGGGGAGUCUAGUGAAGAGCACCGGAACUUCCUCCUUCGAGCAAAAGCACCGUGUCCGGCUCUUUUCUUAAAAUACUCCCCUUGUUCAGGUUGAGGCUCAGAACGAUGCAGUCUCUUUUUGGCGGUGGGGAGCUCGGGCUGCUGGGAGGAGGAGGCAGCGACGCGGGAGGCCUAAAAGAGGACGGCUGCGGCAGCGUGGCAUGGAGGACCUCGGCUCUUUCUUCGGACGACGUGUACUCCGCAUCCCACUUCACCCUCAUCUCCGCCUACCAGGAAAUCAAAACAAGACUGGCCAGCCUGGAGCGAGAGAACACCAGCAUCAAGAGGAAGCUGAAGAUCUACGAAAUUAAGUUCCCAAUGAUCAGUGAGUUUGGGGAGGAUACCAACUCCUAUUGCUCCUUUGAGAGUAAAGACACGGCGCUGCUGCAGUCAGAAAACGGCAACCUGCACCAGCGAGUCAACGUCCUGACCCAUGAGCUGCAGAAGAGAAAGGAGAGGGAGGAGCAGCUGGAGGAUGUGAUCCAGGCCUACGAGAAGAUCCACAUGGAGAAAAGCAACCUCCAGAGGGACCUCGACAAGAUGACGAACCUGGUGGAGAAACAUGUCGAACGGAUCCUGGGCCUGGAGUCUGCGCUGAGGCAGAGGGAUGAGUCUCUGCAGAAACUCAACAUCCAGCUGCACAACAAAGACAUGCAGUACCUGCAGCUCCACGCUGGCCCCGACAAACACAUGCUGGAUUGCCCAGCUCUGACCCUUCAGAGCUCGCGCAGCCUGGACACCCUGUCAGACCUGAAGCUGCAGCGGCUGGAGGCCGAGCUGGAAGGGGCGCGGCACGAGGCCCAGGGGGCGUGUCAGCGAGAGGAGGAGAUGAAGGCGGAGGUCGAGCGGCUGAAAGAUGAGAUCAGACAGCUGCAGGACGAGCAGAGGGAGAGGGAAAUGACUUCUCCGUGCAAGCAGUGCGAUGUGGAGUGGAUAAAGAAGGUGGGAGAUGAGCAGGUAAAUUUGGCUCUGGCCUACACAGAGUUAACAGAGGAAGUGGGACGCCUCCAAGCGCUGUGCUCCAAGCAGACGGAGAUCCUGAGGAAGGCGGCGCAGGAGCCGGCCAGUCCAGUGCAGCUCCAUUCUCCGAUCCACCACCAGCGUCACUCUCCAGUUUCCCAGCGCCACUCUCCCAUCUCUCAGCGGCACUCGCCAGUGCCGCCACAUCACUCCCCGAUCCAGCAGCGGCGCUCUCCGGUGCUGCAGCGUCUGUCCCCCGACAUGCACCGCCGCUCCCCCCUUCUGGAUGUCAGCGAUGGACCUGCCUCUUAUUCCUACCGACCGCCCACCCAGCACCUGAGAGCCAGCUUCCAGGGACGCCGCAGUUAUUCAGAGGUGGCUGACCCUUCAGCUUACCAGUGCCCGCCUCGCUUCUCCUUAGACCCAGUCUCCACUCUGCCAAAGCCACGGCCCUACGUUGAGGGUUACGCAAAGCAGCAGCCCCAACACGUCGGCUCCCCUCACAGUGGACUGCAGCACCGCGGGUCCCCGUCGCCCCUUCAAGCUGUGGCAGGCGGAGACAACAGUAUGGCAGAGAGCUCCAUGCGCCACUCCCGAGAGAUGCCUUUCCCCCUGUCAGAGGUGGCACACCUCCAUUUUGAGCCCCCUCCUCCUUCCCAGCCUGCCCCCCAACCGCCUCAGUCCUCUGAGGAUGAAGAGGAGUGGACCUGCCCACAUCCCAUCAGCCCCCCAAGGACUCUUGGUGUGCUCUCUCCUGGUGUACCCAGCAGCGUCAUGAGGGGCCCGGCAUCCUGCACAGCCUUUCCCAUCCCUCAGAGGCCCAAUAACCUCACCUGCCAUCCCCAGCAGGGGUACGCGACAUCAGAGCAUGCUCAGUCUUGGCCUUCCAUUAACCUCUGGAUGGAGAGUGAGGAGAACGACAUGAGGAGCUGCCCUCUCUGCCAACUGAUUUUUCCCGUCGGAUAUCCCGACGACGCUCUCAUCAAGCACAUUGACUCCCACCUGGAGAACAGCAAGAUAUGAUCGCCAUGGGCCAAACAACCCACACAUCUGCUCUCUUUCCUCUUGCAGGUUUAUGUAAGAGUUCAGCCGAUCUGUCCAAAUAGAGAGACACAUGUAGGAAUCGCAUUUAUGGGGUGAACCACUUAGAUUUGUGUCAUAAUCUGUAGGAAUAGGAAACAGAAAGUAUUUUAUUUUAGCUUUUGGAGAAGUUCUGAACACAGAUCCGUCUUGGAUUUGUGGGCCCAUCAUUAGAGUUUUUUGGAGACAGGUCUGUCUCAAUAAUCUCUGGAUCUGAUUGUUUGGCUCUUAGUUUGGUUGUGAAGUUUGAAUAAAGUUUCAGAUACCCUUUUAUUAGUCCACUCCGCAGUGUAGUACCCCUUUAUUUAGCCGAGUAUGCCAACCCUGAUGCAUGAGAGGCACACUGGCAAGUUCAAGGGUUAAGCACGCCUUAAAGUUAGUCUCAGUUUUUAUCAGUAUUUAAUCAGGGAGAUUUGAGUAAUCAGUCUGAAUACCAUGUAGAUUAUUUUGCAGUUAUCCUGUUUAGCAGGAGCCAAGGGCAAACAAAGACGUGUAGGAAUGUGCUUUUUGAUUGUGACAGAAGUUUAUUGCUAAGUGACACGGGUAGGGAAAUUUAGGUUACUUUUUUUAAUUAAAAAAAAUCAAAAUGAGGGAGUUACAGGAGAAUAAAGCAUUCCAAUUUCACAUUUACCUUCGAGCAAAUGACUGGACAAGCUGGAGAAAAUGAACCUGAAUCCAUCCGAGUGCAUUUAUUUUCCACAAAAACAGUUUUGAUGAUGCCCUGCGGGGAAGGGCUGCUGUGAGGAAAUGUCUUCUGUCUUUUUAAUGACAGAGAAGUUUUAGUCGGAAUAUUCUUUUUAUGCUUGCGGCCUGUUCAAAAAGUAUCCUAGCACUUUAAGUUAACGUAGCCUAGAAAACGUAAUUGUGUCAGUGUCCAUAUACAUCAAUCAGCCACAAUGUUAGUGAAGUCUGAUUAUCUUUGACCUGGGAGCAAGAGAAUGGUGAAUUCUGCAGGAUGGUAAUCUAAAUUAGCUGAAGAAAUGAUGACUCUAUCAGAGAAAUGUCAAGUUAUUCCAUGCAGGAACAACUUUAGCUUCUCUGGUUUAUGUAAAAGUUAGUUUACAUUGAAGGUCAGUAAAUCCACAGGAGAUAAAUAUGCCACCAAGACUUAAAGGUGAGGAGCAAAGGUUGACCUGUUAAGGGUUCUGAUGCAUGUCAAACAUUAAAGAGUAGACUGUAUAGUCACAAAUCAGUCAGGAGCUUAAAAACGGGCUGAUCUGCGACUGGACCAUGGAGCAACAAAUGGCUAGGUGCAUAGUUCUUUUUCUUGUAAGCAGAUGGCAACAAAGUAAGAUGGAGAGUGGGAACUUUCGGAUCUUGUGGUACACAACACAUACCUAAUCGUUGUUGCAUGUUCUUAGCAACAGCAGUGUCCUCUUUAAGAAUGAUUACAUGCCCCGAAACAUCACCUCUGUGAUGUGUUGGACAAUUACUUCCUCUACACCUACCUUACAUCCUUGUGAACUCCUGCACAGAGGGCACCCGUACCGCAUUAGGGUGGUGCUUGGACAGUUGAGACUGAUUGAUGUGUAGAUUCUCAAGCGUCUAAUUUACUUUUUAUUUUGUCUACAUCUACAAGACAAACUCUGUACAUGAAGAUAUAUUUUUGCAAUGUUUAAAUGUUUAUACACCAAAUGUGUGAUAUGUUGGUGACAAGUUUCUCUCAUGUGUUUGCACACCACUAUGAAUAUGAAAGGGGAGACAAUGGUCAAAUUCCCACCACAUGAGGUACUUUUCUGUACAAAGGCAAAAUUAUCCAAUGGGGAAUCUCCUCCGUCUUCCUCGUGUUCCGAUCUUCAUCACAGUUUGAUGUCAAGCGGCCCAGACCACCUAACAAAAAAAAAAAAAAAGUCUAAAAACCAAGCUGCAUGAGAUUUCUAUCUGAAACACUUUAACCGAACAGAUGAAACGGCUCCUGGCAGCAAAGUUAUUUUUGCAGGGUUCAAGCAAAGACAGUACUCUUCUUUUGAUACCUGGAUUUAUUUAUUUUUAAUCACUAAGGUGACUUAGUUUAAGAUCUACUUGUGGUACUUGCUCUUUUUAAAAAGAAAAAGAAAUAAUAUCAUACUGAUGUCACUUGCUCUGAGGUUUUCAGUCACAAGCAUUUUGUAACAUGGGAUGGUCUCACACAGCAGCCCAUUUCUUUCGACUGGCUGACCGUCUUUUUUCUUCUUUUUUUUUUAAGAGAUGAAAUGCUGUGGACUGGAGUUUUGCAGAGCAGUGAUAGGGGCUGAAUAACCAGCAGCCGAAAUGAUUUGAAGUAUUUUAAAGAACAUUGCAGAACAAACCUUUGCUGAUAAAGGUUUGGAGAAAAAAAAAAUUCCUUGAUAGUUGUAUUAGAUUUAAAGACAACUCUGCUUUAUUACCUCUAUUAUUACCUUCAGUUUAUGUGGCCACCGGGAUGGCCAAACGUUACUCAGCUUUUCCACAUUAAAACCAUCGGCACACAUUAUGUUACAUCUAUUUGUGAACAUGCUCCUUUACUCGUUGAAUGUUAACAGCACCAAGAAAUACUCUAUCAUCUGAUUGUAAAAGCAACAACAGCUGUCACAUCCUGCUGCUGCUUUGACUUUAAACUGGAGCGUUGUUAAAUUGAACACGGUUUCCCAUCUCCAGAUUCCUAUUACAUGUUUCCAGUUUCUCAUGAAACAUAGAAUUAUAAGAUGGCCUGAACUGAGACGGCUAAUUUGUAAAAGCUGCCUGGUAAUUAUCCAGCCAAGUUGUUAGAAGCACUAAAACAAGCUAGCACUACGUUUUUCAUUUUCGCUUCUCAACUAAUGUCUUGGAAAGUGCUAUUGCUUCAUUACAAUGCUUUGAUUCAAUGCUGAAGAGAAAUAUCUCAAAUUGUUGUAAACCUUUUGAGAUAAUGACUUGCCACAACUAAAACCAAAAUGUCAAUAUUUUAAUACGUAUCUGUUUUCAAACUUUUAGUGAUCAUUUUUUAUUAUCUAAGUCCAAUUUCAAAGGCUAAUGAAGCAUCAUUAAAACUGGUUCAUCUGUAACUACAGAGCUGUAACAUUAAAGCUACCUGCUAGGAAUCAAGCUUAUUGAAAAAGAACUAAUGUUAAGUCACCAAACUGAAAAUGUUUUUCAAAAUAAUUACUAAACAGCACUUUAGCGGGCUAAAUGCAAAGUUUUAACGAGCUGCGCUUUCGCAAGUAUACAAUUGUUGCUCUAUAUUUUCUUUUUGUAGCAAUAGCUAAGGACCCAUCCAGUUUUCAUUCUGAAUUUUUAACUUAAUUAUUAAAAGUAAAUACAUUUUCUGAAUUUUUACUAGUUUUUCAUAUAAAGUAAUGUGCAAAUAGCUGAAAAGUUAUGCCCAGAGAUUUAACAAUACUGAAGUUUAGAUUUUUUAGUUGACCUCUUGAAGUGACAAUUACACAAUGAAGAAUCUGUGUAAAGUACAGUUUCAGUUUUAUAUUCAAAACCAAUGCCAAGCUUUAGAAAUCACAGCUCUUUGUUAUGUGAAACCCUCUUUUUACAGAAAUGACAAUAAACAUCGUCAGCCUUCCAUAUCCUGUGUAAAACAAACACUUGGGACUUUCUAUUUCUACAGUAUAACCAUAAGAUUGUCAAGCAAAAGCUACUAAUGUAAUUAGCUGAGAUACACAAAAGAAUCUUUUGCAUUGCUUUCAUCUCCUAAAAGUUCAAGCGUUCCGGGGCAGACAGAACAGAGAAAUCUACAAAUAACAACCUCUCUUUCCUGCUUUUCAUUUUUUGGGGGACGUGGGUGGUGAGGAAAGCAGUGUUCACCACCGCCGCCAGCCAGCUUCCUGGGGGAAACCCUGAAAACUAUUCUGAAUUUCACAAGAAACAAGUGAAGUUCGAAGAAGUCGCAAAAAAAAAAAAAAAAGAAAAAAGAAAAUCACUCAAUUUGGUUACUUUUACAUCAGCCAUAACCAUCCCCGUCACCUCAUUACAGUUUCUCUGGUUUAUGUGCCAUUUUCUUUUUCUUUUUUUUUUGCAGUAGCUAUGUAAAUUGAUCUGUAUUAAAACAGAAUUGUCCUUCAAAGCCUCCCCAUAAGCUUGAGGCUAUUUUUGACCCUUAAUUCAAAGGGGUCACCAUGGCUCACGUAUUCUCAGCUGUAUGUGCAGUAUGUUCUUAUAUUAUUAUGUGUGAAAAUAUUUAGAAUUUUGUACAGUAAUUUUGCAAGUGUUUUAAGACUGAUGCAACAUGUACUUUAUUAUUCCACAACUUCAAAUUGGAGUGUAUGUAAAUCUAUAUAUCUAUGUGUAAAUCCACAAGAGUAAACAUGAAUUAUAUGCGAGUAAAAUCCCUACAAUCUUCCA